AUCGUUUGGGUCAUUAAAACUCCACCGUAAUUAACAGCCAAUUUGUUAUUGGAGCUGUCAUUUCAAUACAUAGCUGGGUGGAACGAGGUUCGAAUGUGGUAUCUGAAACAAUAGCAAUUGAGUCCCAGUGAUGAAAGAAGAGAGCAAAAUGCUGCUCUUCAUACACAGAGUUGAUGCUACUGGUCCAGCAUCAACUGGAAAUUUUUGAGUUAUUUUCCUAGAUGAGAGCCUGCCUCGAGCCAUCUGUGGACUCCCUCCUGGCACUGGCAAAACAGGUAUUACCAUUCCUAUCUGAUAGACAAGGCAACGGGGCAUCAGAAAGUCUGUUCAUUCAAGAGUCAACUAAUGCUUAUUAAGUGCCUGCUAGGUGUAGGCACUGGAUAAGCGGCUGUGACUUUGCACAAGGUGACACAGCUGGCAAGUUACAUAGGGAGCACCCAAACCCAGCCACCUCAUCUCAAGUCCAUUCCAUUCCACGCCUGCCUCUUAGGCUGAGAUCAGUGUUAAUGCACGAGACAACAGGACUCCAGAGCCCCACAGGGAGAAGGACCACAGGGUCAAUCUCUUGACUUGCUCCUCUGCAAAGAAAAUCAGUCGUGAGGAUCAGUAUUUUUCAGACAUUCACUGUUUCCAGGAAUAAAUCAAAGGAGCCACCACUGUCCCAUUAUUUAUAGUGCUGUCCAGGGUGUGCGGCCCAGAACGGUGCUGGGGACUCACUCUCUCAAGCCAGGGAGCAAGACUGUGAAGCACACAUGAAACCCUGGGGGAGAACCUUUUGGCAAAGGAGAGACAGGAUCUCUCUAAAGUUCUGAAGGGUCUUGUUAAACAACGAGGUCCUACUGCACAGCACAGGGAACUAUAGCCAACAUCCUGUGAUAAACCACCAUGGGAAAGAAUAUGAAAAAGAAUAUGUGUGUGCGUGUGUGUGUAUGUGUGCGCGUAACUGAAUCAUAUGUGUGUGUGUAUAACUGAAUCACUUUGCUGUACAGAAAAAAUUAACACAACAUUAGAAAUCAACCAUACUUCAAUAUAAUAGAAUUUUUAAAAUAAAUAAGUAAAGUUUGGGGGCGGGUUCCGAAGCCGAACAGAGGGAUCUGAAAGGUCCUAUGCCUUGGACCAAGGGCUGAGAUCUCCAGCGUGACUCUCUUGGGCUGCUGAAGAGUCUGAGACCCAUUCCUCAAGCACCACCCUUUGGUUAUGGCAUGUGCACCAUGCCAGAGGUUUUGGAAACAAUGUCUGCCAUCCACUCUGGGUGGCCGUCCCCCACUGGCCAGCCUGCUGCACAGUUGCAUCAGAGAAGGGGCCAGUCACACACGAGGCUGCUUAUGUCAAGAAUGCCAAAAUCUUCAUAAAUGGGCCACCCUGAAUGGGCUGCAAUCAAAGGGAGGUGGGGCAACAGCCAUAGGUCACGUAACAUGACAGGCUGGCCCAGAUCAAUACAGAUGAGUCAGGAAUCAAGAGUAUAAAACUGCAGGAGCUCCAGUGCUUCUCACACAGCCAGCAUCUCCUCUCCUCACUCACCCUUCCUCGUGCUUUGGGUAAGUGUGGGUUCUACUGGCUCUCAUCUUCCCAGCUGGUCUUACCCAGGCCUGCAUGGGCUAUAUGGACCAGGGGGCAAACAGGCAAGGCCUCUCUCCCCUUGGGGACCUACAGGACCUCUGCUUUAUGACUGCAUUCACAUUUAGAGGGGCUUCAGGCAGGAAAGUGAGCAGAGCUGCUGCUGUGCAGAUGGUGCUUCUGAUCUUCUGGCCAGAAAGUAAACGCCACAAAGAUGAUCUCCUGCCACUCUGGCACCCCUGUAGGAGCACGCUCAGUGCUGAGCACAGAAGGGCAUUCUGCAGAGACUGUCCCAGGCAGCCUGCGAAUGAGCUGGAUGGACCUAGUGAACCUGUAAGGACGAGAAGCUGAAUGUAAUCUCAGAGGACAGGAAGAAUGAUUCAGAGAAUGCUGCAGAUGGGGGAGAUUUUAGGAGUCACAGGCACCCCAUGCCUGUUAUACACAAGAUAUUCUGAGAGAGAAAUGACUUGUGAGCUGCUGGGACUCAACUUUCUGCUCAUUAUGGUCCCCUUAUCCAAGGCUGGACAUAAGCAAAACUGGUAACUUCCAGUCAGAGAUGCUGGGUGAAAGGACCAUUGGGGUCCUCUGUCCUGACAGGACCAUGGGGGAGCCUGCCUUUUCUGAUAACUGACCUGAGAUCAGAGCUGAGCUCAGUGGAACAGACCAAGAGUUUGAACUAAUACUCUUUUGCAGAGAAUGGGGUGCAAAAGCCCUCUUGGUGUUCAGACAAACUUCCCUCUGUUGUGCCAGGGAUGGGUAAAAUCCCUCCCCCGCCCCCAGGUGGAGGUUUCUGGUAAUUUUCUAUUUGCCCUCAGAAUCCCUGUUGGCAACAGAGGAAAACUGAGAAGUGAAAUGCUCAAACUAUUCCAUUUUACAGGAAGUGAGGGAACAGGCAAACUGUGGGCCAUUUGCCACAAGAUCACACAGCAGAGGCCAGAGGCAGAGCUGGGAGAGAAAGAGAAAUGGGCACCACUAAGUGGGCUAUUUAAAGCUUGGUAAAGACUUUGGAUACCGACUUCAGCUACAAGGGGGGCAGACACCAGAAGUAAGAAAGGCUACAGCUCUAUUAUCUAUAAAAAGGUCACCACACCAAAAACCUAUAAAAAUGAAAAGAUAAAGCUUGGCAGGAGGAGCAAAACUCUAUUCUAAAAGCACUAAAUCUAGAAUUUCCAGCUGAGCGUGCUCUCCUGGAUUUGAUCAGAGAAGUAUCAAGCCUGGCCCAGGCAGUGCUGGUCAGAGGAUGAUGGGCGUUGCCAUGGAUGCAGCUGCCUCUGCCACUGCAUCCUCUUGCAGCUGGUCCAGUGAUGCUCUCUGCUUUCCUUCCAGGGUUCGGUUUCUUCUUAAGCAAGAUGUCAUACCAGAAAAAGCAACCCACCCCCCAGCCCCCAGUGGAUUGCGGGAAGACCUCUGGAGGCGGCGGCGGCGGCGGCGGCGGCGGCAGUGGUGGUGGCUGUGUCUUCUAUAGCGGCGGCGGCGGCGGCGGCGGCGGCUACUCUGGUGGCGGCGGUUCAGGUGGUUGCAGCGGCGGCAGUUCCGGUGGAAGCAUCAAGUACUCUGGCGGCGGCGGCGGCGGCGGCGGCGGCGGCAGCUGCUAUGGGGGCGGCGGCAGCUCCGGCUGUGGAGGCUACUCUGGCGGCGGCGGUUCGGCUGGUUGCGGCGGCGGCGGCGGCGGCGGCUCCGGUGGAAGCAUCAAGUACUCCGGCGGUGGCGGCAGCUCCGGCUGCGGAGGCUACUCUGGCGGCGGCGGUUCAGGUGGUUGCGGCGGCGGCGGCGGCGGCGGCAGCGGCGGCUCCGGUGGAAGCAUCAAGUACUCCGGCGGUGGCGGCAGCUCCGGCUGCGGAGGCUACUCUGGCGGCGGCGGCUCCUCCGGGGGCGGCUGCUAUCCUAGCGGCGGCGGCUCCUCCGGGGGUGGCUGCUAUCCUAGCGGCGGCGGCUCCUCCGGGGGCGGCUCCUCUGGCCAGCAGGUCCAGUGCCAGAGCUACGGAGGCGUCUCUAGCGGCGGCUCCGCCGGAGGCAGCUCGGGAUGCGGCGGCGGAUCCUCGGGUGGCGGCUCCGGCUGCGGCGGAGGCUCCUCUGGCGGUGGCUCCGGCUACUACUCGUCCUCGCAGCAGACCUCCCAGACCUCGUGCUUGCCCAGCCAGGGCUACGGAGGAGGGUCGUCCGGCGGCAGCUGCGGCGGCUCGUCCGGGGGCGGCGACUGCUACUUCCCCAGCUGCGGGGGCGGUGGGGGUGGCGGCGGCUCCGGCUGCGGGGGUGGCUCCUCUGGGGGCGGCGGCGGCGGCUCCGGCUGCGGCGGCGGCUCCUCCGGGGGUGGCUCCGGGGGUGGCAAGGGCGUCCCGGUCUGCCACCAGACCCAGCAGAAGCAGGCGCCUACCUGGCCGUGCAAGUAAGGCCCCCUGGACGCCACGGAGGCGAUGGAGCUGGAGGUGUUCUCCGUGGGCGCCGAUGGGCCUAGCGCUCUCAUGAUAUUGCCUUGAGGUUCUCAAUCCGCAUCUUAAUCCACCCAGAAGAAGCCACUGAGCUGUGGAGCUGCAUCUUGUUCUGCAGUUUUCCCUCCUUGGUUUCUGUACAACUACCUCCCGACUCCAGUGCCUUCUCAGUCAAUAAAUGUGCAAGUCAUGAGAA